AUGCCCUCACGCGCGUCGAAGAAUGCACGGCAGCAGCGCAAGGAUCAGCAGCGUCAUUACGGAGAAGGAGAAGGAUUGGGCACGUACACGCCCGACGCGCCGAGCUUAUCGGCUUCGCCGGCGGUGCGGCCCUACGAGAUAGACGAUAUCGACAUUCUGGACGGGGGCGCGCUGCUGCAGGAGGAAGUACCGCGGGGCGAGGAUGUCGUUCCCGCGAGCACGAACGCCCAGCAGGACGAAGGGAGGGUCGCGGAUUGGGGUACCGCGCUCGUCGAUGUCGAGGUGCCGGCGACGACGCCACAGUGUCCUACACCGCUCUCCGAGCCGGAGGAACCACGGGCAGUGCGCGGCAAGAAGCAUAGGAAGGGGAAGAAGGACCCGGGCGGCGUCCUCGACGAGCUGCGCCGCAACGGACUGCUAGGCGCGCAGCCGCAAAGCGAGAUCGCAGAGGCGCCGGGCACCUCCCCGGAAGGGACCUUCGCGGGCGGCGCAGAGGGUGCUUGGUCCAAAGCGGAAGGAAGCGAGGGCGUGCGGUCACCGAUACUGGCUUCUCUGCAAACACGGGCGGCUGCCAUCGCACGGAGGCUACGCGCCGUCACCGUCUUUCAUGUCGACGCCGUCUUCCGCGUCUACAAACGCAUCUUCUGCAUCGUCCCAGUAUCCGCCAUCCCCCGCUGGCUCGCCGCCUACCGCCUCGUCGGCCAGGAGGCCCUCCGCGUCGUCUUCGCACUUCGGCAAAGGCCGCGCUUUGAGGGUGCCUCUGGUGUCCCGCAGGACCCUGCGCCUACGAACGAGGGGGUUGGCGGAGAAGAGGGCACUGCUGCGUAUGGAGGACCUGCCGAGAUGCUCUACCCUGCGCGGGAAGAGCACAGCGCUGCAACGGAGGAACGUGCGUGGCAGGCGAGCAUGGCGGAGGCGUUUAGGGGUGAGGCUAUGGGGAUGGAGGAAGCCUUCGAUGGAGAGGAGUCGAGGAUGGAGCAGACUUUGCGAUUGGGCGUAGGGAAAGGGUGGGAAGGGGUCGCGGCAGCGGGAGGUGGGCGGUCGACUUCAGGAGUCGAUGCCACGUCGCGCGGACAAGUCGUAGGCAGAGGUGAACUCAAGCGGUCCGGCUUUGAGCCCGAGCAAUCCCCGCAGUCUGGUGUAGCGCGGUCUCUGCGCGAUGCAUCCCCCGUUCACCCUGUUCGUCAAGCUUCCCCGGUCCAGCACGUCCGGCGCGCGUCUGCGUACGAGCGCGCUCCCGUACAGAAGCGGACCCCGCCGACUCAUCAUCGGACGGUGUCCUCCCCUCACGAGCGAUCAUUGCCCUCGCCGUACGGGCAGACGGCGACGUCUUCGUAUGAUAGGCAGCCCCACGAGCGCUCGAUGCCGUCGAGGCGUCGAAGCAUGGCUCGGGCGAACGUUCCCGAUAUCGACACGCUGUUGGAGACCUCGCGGGAUACCAUUCGAGGUAGGGGUCCGCCAGCACGCGAUCUGCGCUCGCCUCGGGAAGUCGAUGAAGUGCGCCGGGAGACCAUUCGCUCGGCGGAGUGGCAUGAUGUCGGGUCCAAGCGGAUGUUAGUAUUGGUCUACAGCGACGAAGUGGGCGGAGUGGAAGACGACAUUUCGGAGUACGACCAGGAGGACGACUUCGUCAAUGGAGAUCGUGGUGGUGGGCUGCAGCUUUGGGACUGCACAGACCUUGCCGGCGUCAGGGAGCUGCUGAGCAUCGACGGCCGCGCGCUGGCUGGGAUUGGCAAGAUCGUUUACGCCGCUCCGCUGCCUCUGCGCCCGGGCCAUACGGAGAUCUUCAUCGGUGUACUCGUCAACGAGCGUGACUCUAGCAGCCUUAUCGUCUACUCGCUCGUCUCGCAUGAGAUCGUCAAGCAGGUCAGGCUUCCCGGCCCCGCCACGCAGUUCGAGUCUUCGCGUGACUGGAUUGUCGUCGGUCUUGCUGCUCCAAAGGCAGAACUUCGCGUCUUGUCCUUGUCGACAUUGGAGGUUUUGGGAAUCGUCCCCGGAGUCGGUCUACACCUAUCGGUACCGACUCAUGCGUCGGCCUCGCAUACUUCGGCCAGUCAGCAGGACGUCAGCAAGUCCGCGGUUGCCAACUCGCUGGAACCUGUCUUUGCUCUUUCCGGUCGACUACUUGCGUACGCGACCGCUCCGCCGGAUGCUGCGACGGCCUCGACGUCUUUCGCGAGCAUCAGCGCUGUCACCGCGCCGGCCGACAUCAGUUUCGCUUCGGGCUUAGGCAGCGCGGCUAGCGGCCUCAGCCAGCUCGUCGGGCGCGCUGCCCGAGGAGAGACAACCCGGGAGGAAUUGACGCGCACUCGAGAUGACCUUGCGCGAGCGGGUGCGAGCGUCGCUGGGGCUGGUACACCGAUGGUAGCAGACAAGGGCAGGGAAGCGGAUCAUACGGUGCCGCGUCAAGUUGCUGUACUUCCGUCACCGGGACAGCCUAUUUCGCGCGUACGUUUCAAUGCGGAGGGCACGCAGAUACUCGCCGCGCGCUCCGAUGGUACAAGCGCAGCGGUAUGGGCGCUCAGUCCCGACGUCAAUCUCAGUACCUCUGAGCAAGCAGAUGGCGAUCUGAGGGAGACCGCCUCGUUGGUGUACACCCUUCGCCGAGGUCGUACGAAUGCGGUUCUCGACUCGACUGCUUGGGCUUGGGAUGGUCGAUGGGUGGCUCUGGCCAGCAAGCGACGCACUGUCCACGUGUUCGCGACCAUGCCCUACGGCGGACCGCCUGAUGGCUACUCGCACGUAGAGGGCAAAGUUCGUAACCCAGCCAGCCUGCAGCCUCUUGGUGUCGAGACGCAUCCCCUCGUUCGCCUCCGCUUCACGCGUGUCGAUCAGGGCCAUCUCUCACCGGUCGCCGAUAGCAUGUAUCCGGCGGGAACCGCAGGUCACGGCGCGACUCAGAACCCUGCACCUCUGGCUGUGAUGUUCCUUCGAUCGAACGAGCAGCGGAGGCUACCUGCGUCUCUGCAGCCUACCAAUCCUCUUACCAACUUUGUGCCCUCGACCAGCGCAGGGCGUCUAUCCGUAUCUGCCGGACGCUCUUCUGGAUCAUUCGGGCGAUUCACUCCUUCAACCAGCGCAGGCCGCUUCACCCCGUCAACCUCCGCAGGUCGUCCGACUUCUGUGCUCUCGUCGACCUCAACCGGAUCCGAUGCCCCACUGUCGCCUCGCGGCCAGGCCUCUGCAUCGUUCGGUAACAACCAUCAGGACGUGCUUGUCUUCGAUCCUGCCGACGGGACUCUCAGCCUCCGACGCAUCACGACUGAGAUUCGACCUCGGGAUGCAGGCGGCAUGGCCGUCUCUAUCGCCGGUACCAGCAUCUCACUCUCGACUUUGGGCGCUCUAGGAAGAAGCCCCAGCGUUGGCGCCGGCAAGCCUGGCGCACCAGGUAUCAGUCCGGCGAGCUCGGCGAGCGGCGGACGCGACGAGGCUUCCAUGGUGCUGUCCGCGACGGAGGACGUGGUGGCGACCUGGCGGGUCAGGCGCGAUCCCGAGUGGACCGAGAUACGGGAGCGGGUAGCUGUGGAUGAUGCGCACGUUCCACAGCAGCAAGUCGUCAAUGCGAAAGAUGCGCUCGCUCUCGCGGAGCUCUCAACAUUUCCUCGUGCAUCGGCGAUGCUUCCGCGCUCGAUAUACCUUACUCAUCAAUUCACUUUCCGGGCGUUGGGAGAGGAUUACCAUGCUCUCUUACGCCAGUAUCGCUUCACUGUGAAAGGGCCGGUCAUUAGCGUGCGACAUGAAGUCGUUGCCAAGCCUGGUGCAGCGGAUGGCUUCGUCGAUGGGAUGGAUGACAUUGAACCAGAGAGGGCCUCCUUCGACGCGCCUCUCGCUCAUGCCAUCUCUGCCGACGUCGGUGCUCCUGUCCAGACGGUACUACCGAUGCUUCCCAACGGCAGGCCGAGAAGCUUCAUGAGCGGCAUACCCAGCCUACCUGCGCGCACGCCAAUACCCAUCCGUGUUCCAUCUUUGUCGUCGCGGCGUGCAUCGACUGGCGGUAGUCGCACUUCUUUCAUCGCCGUCGCCGACCGCAUGGGGGAAGGCAUCCGACGCGGGUAUAGCAAGAUUCGUGCUCCAUCGCAUGGCCCAGCUAGUGUAGACGAAAGUGUCCCUCUCGAAUUCGACGAGGAGGACGAGGACUUCGCGCCGCGGGUGUUCGAGGAUCUCGACGCCGAAUCAGAGGACUUCGAGGAGUUCCCGGAAGCCAGCAAGCCGGCCACCGCCAUCCGCGAUGGCAUUCAUACGCGUACGAAUGGUCCCAAGGACGCUGACGUUCUCAUCCCGGAUCUCAACUCGGGCAAGUUCGCACUCCGUGCACGGACGACCACCGACCAGACUGGGCACGCAACGUUCUCUUUCCGGUCCCCGUCUCGGCCAUCGCCAGCGGCCCGGCAGAUCACCUCGAGCAAACACCGAUCCAGCGCGACUCCAGCUGCGGACGAAGGCACGUGGGGAGCCUGGGAUGUCGAGGGUGUGUCGACGACUGGUGAUGCUCAGUUCGACGACUUCGCUGGUGUCGCUACCUCAUUCGAUGAUCCAACGUUCAUGGACGCCGACAAGCGGAUGCCAGGCGAUAUGUUCAGCGACGCCGUGGCCUCGUCGCGCGGCCCUGCUCUGGGCGAUCGCACCGCAGAGGCGGGCGAUGGAGUUGGCGACGAGCAAUCGGCCGAGCUUCGGAAGAAGAAGUCGCGCAAGAAGCGGCGUAUAGUGGAUGGGAUAGAGUAG